UGAGUACCCCUGCAUCGCUGUCAAACAAACGCCAAACGUCAAAACACAGUUUAACCAAGAUGUCGGAAAACGACGACUUGCUCAACUAUGAGCUGGAAGCCGGCGGCGAUCCGGCCUUAAUGAACGAGGACGAUCUGCUGCUGUCGGAUGAUGAGAGCGGCCUCCGGCUCGACCAACAGGACGAAGAGUUGCUGCUGAGCGAAUCCGAGGACUGGGUCUCGAAACAGCUAGCGGCAAAAGAAAAAGAAGCCCUAAAGCAGCAGCAGCAGUCAACCUCCGGCAGCAGAAAGCGGUCCUCGACCAGUCCUCCGAGGAAGCAGCCGACUAAACCCAAAACUCCGGUUCCACCGGUGGUCGAGGUAAAGCAGGAAGUUCCGGUACCGGAACCGGAACCAGAACCACAACAGCAGCAUGUUGCGACGGUGGCCGUUGUCAAGGAGGAACCACCCUCCAGCCAGGAAUCAAUUCUGCCCGCUUCGACCGCGUCCGAAAGUGAGCGCGGGGACUCGACAACGGAAAUCUCGUCGGUUUCCGGCUCUUCACUGGUACCAGAGUCGGUGUCUGGUACGUCGAUCGCCACAACUAGUGAAACCACAACCACUACCGAAUCGACGACCUCGGUAACGGCGGAAUCUUCGUCGUCGAUCGUGUCCCAGACCGAUUCCGGGAUGUUGUCUCAUUCGGCGGAGCAGAUUCACACCGAGCAGGAGGAGGAAGAAAGAGAAGUGGUCACUUCACAAGUUUCGUUGGCGCCACCGGAGGAUGUUCCGGUGAAGGAGGAAGUGGCGGCCACGCCGUCGAAGGAACAGCUGGUGGAGCAGAAAUCGAGCCAGCUGUGUGACACUACCUCGUCCGAGGACGUACUGGAUCUGUACGUCACAAAUCAGGACCGCGAGCCAGAGUUUUCCUACGACACGGACGAAUCUACGGAGAAACGUGACUGGAAGAACGAGGGCAAGCCAGGGCUGUUGGACGGCAAAGCGUCGUCCACGUCGCAGCACUCGGGACCACCGCCGCCAUUGCUGCAGCACCCGAAUCGGCCACCGCUCUCAAAUCGGCCCAACAAUUUCAAACAUUCCGGCGAUUCUUCCGGAGGAUCAUCCGGCGAUCAGAUGCCACACUUUAUGCAGCAACAGCCGCCGGGAAUGGGAAUGCCACAGGGACCACAUCCAAACUUUGGUGGACCAUUCCGGGGUGGAAUGCGACCUCGGUUCCCACCACGGCCAGGUUUCCCCGGGGACAUGAACAACUACAGGAACAACCGGAUGAACUUCCCGAUGGGCGGACGACCUCCGUUUCCACCGCGGGGACCUCCCUUUGACCACAUGAUGCGUCCGGGCAUGAUCCAUCCCGGAGAUCGACCACCGUUCGGCGGAGGUGGACCCCGAAUGGGACCAAUGUUCCGACCAAACGGACCCGGCGGAGGACCUCCGUUGCUUCACCGUGGCGCGAUGCCACCCGGUGGACCACCUCAGGGACCAGGUCCGAUGGGAGCGAUGCCACCUCAUCAACCGCCACUGCUCAGUUUCGAAGCCGGUCCGUUGGCUGCGGCCGCCGUCCCGGCCAUCCCUGCGACGCCCGUCUUGCCCCGAAAGGUGCUGAUCAAUCCAAACUUCAAAGGAGGCGUCGAAGCGGCCACAAGUCAACUGAUGCGCGACGCUCUCAACAGCCAGCAGUUCCUGGCCAACAUCAACAACCGCCAGGUCAGCGACGAAGAGUUGCUCCGACAGCAGGAAGAGUUCAUCAACAAGAACCGCAUCGAGGUGGAGAAGCGCCGCUUCGAACGAUCCCCAUCCCCUCGACGCGAACGACCAAGAAGUCGAGACCGGGAACGGAACGACCGGGGUCGCUCGCGGGAUCGUGGCCUGGAACGGGAGCACCGAGACCGGGAGCACCGGGAUCGGUCUCGAUCACCGAGGAGACAUCGCGGGGGAAGCAGGGAUCGAGACGCCGGCAGACCGCGGAGGAACUUCCCGUCGAGGCGGCACGGCAGCCGGGAUCGGGACGAUGACAGUCGGUACCCGAAGCGGCGAAAGAGUGGCGAUUACGGCGACAGCCGGAACAAUAAUGAUAAAAAGGACGACGACGAGGAUCCGGACACGAGGGCGUACCGGUUAGAGAUCGAGAAGCAGAAGGCCAUCCGGGAGAAGAUUCUCAAGGACAAGGAGAUGCGCCGGAAGCAGGCCGCCGAGGACAACAAGAAGACGGCGAAGCCAUCGGACCGCAAAUCCGAGGAACCCCCCGCCAAGUUCACCCCGAUCGUCGUCACCGAGAAGAAGAUCAUCUCGCUAAAGAAAAAACCCGAAUCGUCGUCGUCGGACAAGAACCACGAGUCGUCGUCCUCGUCCUCCUCGUCCAAGUCCAAGCCGUCACUGCCAGACAAAAAGACCGAGGAGGUCAAAAAGCAGCAGCAGCAACCCGCAGCAGUCUCGCCGCCCCGCAAGGUCAUCGACAACCGGGACGACGACAUCGACCUCUUUCUGGACGAGUACGAGGAGGAGCUGCUGCGCGAACCGACGCCGUCUCCGCCACGGCCCAAGGAGAAGCCGGCGCCUCCGCCGCCACCGGUGACUUCCUCGUCAAACAGCAAUCGAGGGGACAACGGGGGUGGCGGGUUCGGGUCGAGCAGCCGCCGGAUUGUGCUGAAGUCGGAGUCGCGCCACCACCACGAGAAGGAGAAGGCGGCGGCGCCGCCGGCGAAAAAGUUGAGAGUAUUUGAUAGGCUAGAUAAGCGGAUAGGAGUCAAUGACGCAGACAAGAGGAAGCUGCAAAGGGAGAGGUCCCCCCUAAUUGUCAUUUCCAGCUGUUUCGAGCCGGAAGUUCCUCCGCCACCGGACGCCUACGUCAACUACGAAGCGGAGGCGAAUGUCACCGAAGAGGAAGAAGACGAAGACGAUGAGGAAGAGGAAGAGGAACAAGCCCAGCGGGACGGGGAUGGUCGCGAGAGGCUGGCCAGCGCCGCGGUGCUGGUUGUUCGGCGGUGUGGCAUGGAAGGGUUUAGACUGAAGAAGGAGGAAGAAAUAGAGGAGAGUCAGGUUGAGAGCAAGUGGGGAGUAGGGCCGAGGAGUGCGUUUCAGCGCGAGGGGAAGAUCUUUAGGGAGAAUGAGCGUAGGAGGCAUUAGGA